CAUGUGUUUGGCUUGGUUAUAACUAUGAAGUACACAAUACCAGUGGUACCAUCGAGAGGACAGUAUUAUAAUACCUCAAUAUUAUAUUAUAAAAGCUUGGGUUGCAACAUAGAGCGUUCAUAACAACCAUCAAUAUUGCAUAAAUUUUAAAUAUAGGCCGUAUUUGUUAUUGUAAUUAUCGAUAUUAUUCUAUUCAAGUAGAAAACAUAGCAACAAUAUGACAAACUCGAAGUCUGCUCUUGUGAUUUUGGCUGAUGGUGCUGGAGAAUUGGAGGCAGUGAUGUUAAUUGAUGUUAUGAGACGUGGAGGGAUCACAGUAAAAAUAGCAGGAUUGGAAGGGGAAAAACCAGUACUUUGUAGUCGAGAUAUUCUUAUAGUUCCUGACAGCAGCCUAGAAGAUGCUAUAAAAGAAGGGCCGUAUGAUAUAAUAGUUCUUCCUGGUGGCUUAAAAGGAGCUGAAAAUUUAGCUAAGAGUUCUUUGGUGAAAGAUGUCCUUCAAGAACAAGAAGAGAAUAGCAGACUUAUUGCAGCUAUCUGUGCAGCACCAAUAGCUUUGAAAAGUCAUGGUAUUGGAACAGAAAGGUAUAUCACAUCUCAUCCAAGUAUAAGGUCCAAGUUGGAAGAUGGUGGUAAAUACAAGUACUCAGAAGCUCGAAUUGUUGCAGAUGGUAAAUUGAUCACGAGUAGAGGUCCAGGAACAGCUUUUGAGUUUGCACUAAUGAUUGUGGAAAAGCUUAUGGGAAGAGACAUAGCCAAUUCUCUGAUUGCUCCAAUGCUGUUGGAAAUUUGAAAAAAAUGUACUAACUGACAUUUUAAACAAUAUAAUAAAUAUCUUUGACUUAACUACUAACGUAUUUUCUUUAAAGAGUACAACCAGCAAUAGUUUGUUGCAAUUUUUUUUUCUAGUGUGAUCAAUAAAAAAAAAAGAGUAAUAAUAAAAGUUGAAUACUGCCAAACUUGUUUAUAUGAAUACAGUAUAUGUAUAUUAAAAAUAUAGAUGAAAGUGUUCUGAUAUAUAUUGUAUUUGUUUAUUUGCAUUUAUAUCCUGUUGACAGCAAAGAUAAAAUAUGUAAACCCUUCACAUUUGGGCCUGGCUCUUUUAUGCAUGACACAAACGUUUAUGAUGUUACAUUCAAAAUUGAAGUAAACAAAUUCUUUAUCAAUGUUUGACAAUAAACUUGGUAUGAAAAUGUAGUUUAUAAUUCAGAUUUGUGUAUUAUCUAAGUUUUAAAUUCUGAAUUUCAAAAACAAAUUUUUAAAAUAUAUUCCAUCUUCAUUUCUCUGUCACAUGGCAUGUCUGAGCUCUGAUUUUUCCCUUUCAGAAUUUUCUGACAUCAAAGAUAUGCUGCUGCACUUUCCAAACAAUUAGAAACAAAAACUAUACAUAAUUACAAGCAAAAAUCUAAAAUUUGAACUUCUGCCUUUUUGAUUUGCUACAAUAUCAAUAAAUUUGUCAAACCUACCAGUGAAGCCCCGUCUCUUUUCCUCUGAGUUUUGAAAUUGUUUUCUAAUUAACCUCACAUGGUUGAUGGCAUGUUUAUAACUAAUAGAAAGAGCAGAUUCUCUUCUAUGUACAUCUUGCAAUAUUGUAUUCAGUUUUGCUGUUAUUGCUUGUUUUGUGUUAAUCAGAUUUAGUGCUCGGAGCAGUAACAGAAUUUUAUUAACCUAUUUAUAGCUUCCUUAGAAAGCUGAAUAAGUUAUAAUAGUUUGGGAACAUUCUAUUUUAGUGUCUGAUACAUUUUUUGUGUUCUAAAAUGCUUAUUUGAUGUAUGAAUUUGUUUUGGACACCCAAACUUGUAAGACUCAAUGAGACCUAGGGAAAAAUGACUCAGAUUUUUACUUGAGUACAUACAACUCUUAUUAUACAGUUAGUACUACAAAACUUUCUCUUGUUUUUCAUGUUUUUAUGUAUUGUUCUAAAAUGUGAAAAUUAUAAACAUCUCAGCUUAGCCUAACACAAUUUCAGCAAAAUAAAACAUCUAAAAUUG